CUUGGACCCAAAGACCCCCCCCCCCCCAAUUUCAUCCGACACAAAAACUACACGACUCUCCACCACCGCUGCCACGGUGAUUUCCCUACCGUCUGAUCAAUCGUCUCCUGAUCCGUCAAACGAUGUUUGUUACUCGCUGGAACCCAGUCCAGAUUCUAGCAUACUAUCUAUCGGAGCACCCAUCAAUAGUCGGGUUCCGGUGGAGCCACACCCAAUCAUGGGGCUCCACGUGGUCAUUCCUAUUCACCGCUAUUGCAUUCUAUCUCGCUCUAUCAAUUUUCCUCCACCUCCUACUUUUUCUUAUUGUCCGACGUGAUAGACCCGUCCCGCUGGGUCCCAUCCCCGCUCUCCACUGCCUAUCGGUGGCCUUAAUCUCCGCCACAAUCUUCGCUGGCAUCCUCCUCUCUGCCGCCGCCGAGAUCCGUGAGACCCGAUGGUUCUGGCGCCGGUCAAAAACCCCCUUUCAAUGGCUCCUCUGUUUCCCACUCGGGACCCGACCGUCGGGUCGGGUAUUCUUCUGGUCCUACGUAUAUUACCUCUCCCGAUUCGUCCACAUGGGUCGCACAUUCUUCGUCAUCCUGCGACGCCGUAAACUCGCUUAUUUCCAGCUCUUCAACAAUUCAAUCUUGACGCUCAUGUGCUUCUUGUGGCUCGAAUUCUCUCAAUCUUUUCAAGUGCUCGUAAUUUUGUUUACAACUCUAGUGUACUCGGUCGUUUACGGGUACCGAUUUUGGACGGCGAUCGGAUUGCCCAGUGCGUGCUAUCCGUUUGUGAUCAACUGUCAGAUGGUGCUUUUGUGUUGUAAUUUGGUUUGUCAUGUUGGGGUGCUUUUGUUGCACUUUCUGAAAGGUGGGUGUAAUGGGAUUGGAGCUUGGUUGUUCAAUUCAGUGCUUAAUGGGGCAAUUAUGUUGUUGUUCUUAAAUUUCUACUUGAAGAUACAUUUGGGGAAAAAGAAGAAGGUGAAAGCAGAAACAGAGAUAGAAAGAGUGAAAGAGAAAGGAAAGUGACUCUUGAGUGCAGCAACUUGUGCAAGGCAAACUUUGUUGUUCUAUCUGCUUUUUCUUCGUAGAGGAAGAUGGCCGUGCCGGUGGGGUUAAUGUUGAUCGGUGAACUGUAAAUUACUAUAACUACACUCUGUUUUUUCAGACUAGAUUAAUUUGUUUAUGUAAGCAAAUAUGUUAAAAUGAACAUAUAGAGGAGCAAUAAUACAAACACUUGUUUUUAUAA